CACGCACUGAAACGAUGCAUUCUUGUUCCGCAGUGGCAGGAUAGUUUGAACACAAUUAGUUGUGUUUCUGCAAACGAUCCUAGUAAUGUUUGUUUGGAGACAUAGACUAACUAGAGAUACAAUUCUAUUUGACCCCGCUGCUGCCUUGCAUAGGCUCAUCAUUGGCAUUGCCCUGUUGGCGACGCUCAUUUCGCGUUGUCACUACCCCGUCGAAGCCUUCACACACAACUUCCCUUCGUCUCGAUUCGUGCCGUGUGCUUCACCACACCAUUUUAUCUUCUCCAUGAAUAUGGCCUCUCGUCAAGACGAUGCUGAUAAGGAGCAAAAACCGCAGCAAAGAAGCUCGAAACGGGGAGAACCAACAUCGAGUGCAGCACCGAUGUACAUUACGGUAGGUAAGUUGACCCGCGCUAGAUAAUUACGAUUUCUCGUCCGUGGUAUCAAUUUCGUAAGAAGGCAUUCUCCAUGAUGAUCGAAAGAGUUCCCGAAUGGUCAAGUCCCCACAUUGCGAAAUGCGGUUUUGUGGUUCCGAAAGGAAUCGUAAGUUGGAUCUUGGCUGCUGUAAAUAACUAUACACGUUGUGGACCAUGGUCGUAACGGACCUUAUCACCAACCCAUAUCUGAGAGAAAGAUCUUCAAUUGAAAAGUGUUUGACGUUAGAUACGACUACCGAGAUGGCCACAGAAUGAGUAACUCAUAUUAUUGUUUCUGUAACGUUUCAGGACCCCAGUGCUGCGGAAAAUCUUCCUUUCUAAGGGAUCACGAGGGAGGCAAGAUCAAGGAUAUUUGCUUGGACGAUCAAAGGGAUGUAUAUGUUCCCAUAUCUACUGAACUAUUUUUACGCGCAUACGACGAGAAAGAUAACAGAGGUAGCCUUGAGGAACCAGAAUCAAUCCUUCAUCAAGUGUACCAGGGGAAAACACUAUUGGAAAGGAUUCGGGAGAACAUUGAAUUAAUUCUCAUUCUUCGCCGAUGGAACGGUGAUUCGUCGGCAUCGGACUUCGAUCGUAGGAUCCGGAGCUACUACCAGGAACGAAACCUCAAGACAAGUGUUGCCGAUGCAUUGAUUGCAACAGUAGAAGACUUCUUGUCGACAAACCCAGAGCUUCCGAGAGAAGUCGAUGUGUUUGUCUUGGAAUCACUUUUCAAAUCUCAUCCCGAAACGCGCCAAAGCGCUAUCCAGAAGGCGUACGAAGAACUUCGAAAGACACCCAAACACAUACCAGUUGCAUGGUAAGUAUUCCGAGAGCCAAUAACGAACAAUUGUUCGUUAUGAAGGAUAAGAUUGUCUCAAUUCUUCGCCGACGAUCAUCCAUCGCCAACUGAUCUUUCGUUGCUCGCUCCUCGUCCUCAUAUCGCAGGGGUAAUACCAAUGCAAAACCUAGGGAUUACGAGCAAGCAUUAGAAAUCUGUCACCAAACUAGACGGCCGGUUCGAUUUGUUCUUUGUCAUCCAGAAUGCAGCAAGGGAACAGACGAUGACAGCUCAAAGAAUGAGUCCACUAUGUUGACACUACCUUGGUUGUCUUUGGAAAGUCUUCUGAAGAGAAAUUUGCAUCGAUUAGGAACCGAAGGCAGAUUUAUUCCUUCGAAUUCCAUAGCAGAUUGCCGCGAGCGCGUUGCAACGAUGAUACCAGGUAGCUUCUUCAAACCCGCACGAGAUACUGGUCAAAAGAAAAAAAAUGUAGAAGAGCACCUGGUUUCGAUUGCUUCGCCGGGAUCUGGUCGCAAUGGCAACGGACGAUAUAAACCAUCGUUUCGGUAUGUAUUGACCACGUAUCGUUUGAUUCAAAAAGAAUACCUCCGUAAUGAUAAAGGGCAUUUUUCGUCCGCUCAGAGACAAAAUUACAACGGAGAAAGAAAUCCAAGACCCGCAAAAAAACUUAGAUCACAAAACCAGCGGGGGAGAGGCCCGCAGAGUUUUAGGUAUGAACGGCAGUACAACGCCAGCAACGAUCAUGAUAGACGUAGAUACCACAAUCGAGACAGAGAUAGAAGCAAACAACAUCAAGAUAGAGAUAGAGGUCCUCGGCCUUCCAUGAACGAAAGGCAGUACAACGUUAGCAACGAUUAUGAUAGAAGUAGAUACAACGAACAAGGUAGAGAUAGAAAUAACCGGCAACAGAAGCGCCAGGGUCCCGACAUAGCAGACCCGCCGUAAGAGAUGCAGUGACGACAGACCAAAGCGAUGACUAAGAUUCAUAAUUCUCAGGUUUUGCUAAUUUAAAAUAGACAUGGCACAGGCAC